AAUGAACUUUAAACUCAGUAGAUCGAUCUGGGGGAUAGAGUUGUCGCUCCUUUUCCAGACUGAUUUUUCCUCUGCUAGCCCAACCAACCCCCACCCCAAAAAGGGAUAGGACACCCCCUUCCUAAAUCUUAGGACGUUAUAAACGUUAGCUUACGAAAUAGAAUUGACGAAGGCAGAAGGAUCCGACAUUUCGAAACGCUUUAUUAGCUAGCCAAUAUCCUUCAACAUUAAACACAUUUAUGGUUGAUCAGAGGACAGACGACCACCACGUUGGCACACCACAUCCUUGCUCCCGUUCCUGGGACUAAACACGGUUCAACGUAUUUCUGUGCAGGUUCGAGUGCACCCAUGCAGAACCACAUGAAAUGAAUAAAGCACCACAGUCUAUAACGCGACCCCACCCUGCCCUCUCCCCUGGACUCCAGCUACCCACCUUCCCUCCUGGACAGCCCCCCUCUGUUGUCUUUGCCACCCCACCUCCACAAAUGAACCCAGCGCCACAGCCCCGACAGUUCGCCCCCGUGCCCCGUGCUUUACACCAACAGCCGUACUACAGCCGUUCCAGUCUGCACAGCAAUGCCCCCAGGGUGCCCCCCAGCAGCACGCCGAGGCCUGUGGCGCCCACUCACGUCUACCAGCCGGGCCAACAGAUGAUGAUGAUCCCCUCACAGCGGAUCCCCUUCCCCAACCAACAAGGCCCCGCCUACUUCAUACCCGGACAGUACCGGUCAACGUACGUGGCCCCCCCCCAGCAGUACCCGGUCCCGCCGGGCACCCCAGGCUUCUACCCAGGCACCAGCCCAGCUGAAUAUGGUACUUAUGCAGGGGCAUACUACCCGGCCCAACAGCAGUACACGUCCUCCUUGCCGGCUGCUCCGGUUAUCAUGAACCCUCCCCCCCAGCAGCAGCAACUACCUCCACAGAAACAGAUCCAGCCCAAAAGGGAGCGCAAACAGAUCACAAUACGAGACCCUAACCAGGGUGGUAGAGACAUCACUGAGGAGAUUAUGUCAGGGGGCACUCGCAGUGGCACCACCCCCACACCCCCACAGGUGAGCGACGACUCUUCAGAGUCAUCUGGAUCAGAGGGCCCAGCUGUUGCCCAGGCCAACGGUGAGAACGUGACACCUGUCAUGGUCAGACCAGAUGACAGAAGGAAACCUGCAGCCACACUCAUCACUGGCCCCCCAGCCCUGUCUAAAACCCCUGAACUUGUCAAGACUGCCCCUACAGAGGUCAAACUCCCAGACACUGACAGUAAAUCCCCUUCCUUACCCCAGGACCUACCCACACCCCCGCGGGUAACUACCACCCUCCACACUACUGCCCCUGGCACCCCACCCUCAACUAGUCCCAUUGCAGACAUGAUGGACGCACCAGCCCCGGCCGCUGCUCCAGCCCUAUCUGCCCCUAAAGUGCCUGCUUACCCUGCACCCCUACCUGAACCCCGCCCCACUCCUGCAGCUGUGGAGCAGCCCUCAGCCACCAAGGAGGCGCGGGAGGAGGUGAAGGAGAAAGAGAUUAAAGAGGUAACGGAGGCUAGAGAAGUGACUACAUCAUCUAAACCUGAGCCUUCCCUUGCUCCAGUGACCAACCCUAGCAGCAGCACUAACAGUGUGUCUGCCACCCAGCCACUCCCAGAGGAGGAGCCAGUAGCCCUGUCCAUUACCAUGCCCUCCCUCCAGGCAGCAGAACCCCUGCUGGAGUCUCCCAUCGCCCAGCAAGAGGAGCUCCGUCUGCCCAACGGCUUGCCGCUCCCCAGCUCCCAGGAACCUGAGAAGGUUUCUGCAGAGUUGUCUGAGUGUGACCUCAGCCCCAUCGCUGAGCCUGAGGUGGCCCCAUUACAGAGGGAGGCACCCACGCAUGUCGCCGCCACGGCAAAGCCCGACCCCGUCGUCCAGGCGGCCGUUGCCCCCGUGGUCCUAGCUGAGACUGCUAUUACUACAGAGGUAACCCCUCGCCAAAUUGAAGACGAGAUGGACUCUCCACCAUCACAGCGCACCAUCCCACCCGGGGAGAAUUCUAUGCAAGCUGCCGUUUCUGUGCCUAAGAAGAAGAGGAAGAUGAAGGAUCUGAACAGGAAGGAGGCUGUUGGAGACCUCCUGGAUGCCUUUAAGGAGGAGCAGGUAGUGCAGAGCCCGCCAGAGCAGGCCACACCCACUUCUGCCUCUGACACAGAGGAGCCCCGCCCAUCCACCACCCCUGCCGUUGCAGAGGUAGGUGAGACGUGGGAGGAGAAGGAGGACAAACUGGAUGCAGAGAACAUUGAACCCAAGCCCGGGGAUCUGAAGUACCAGUACAAAGAGGAACUAUGUAGGCUUAUAGACCCAGAGGAGAAGAAGAGGUAUGACAGGGACUUCCUGCUGGGCUUCCAGUUCAACAGUGCUGCCAUGUCCAAGCCUGAGGGCCUGCCUCAGAUCAAUGAUGUGGUGCUGGACAAGGCGAAUAAGGCCCCUCUCCGCCAGUUGGACCCCAGCCGUUUGCCGGGGAUGAACAUGGGCACUGACUUCACGCCCUCAUUUGCCAACCUGGGCAGGCCUGGAAUGGGGGGAGGAGGUGGACACAGAGGACCACCCUCUGGUAUGGGUGGUGGAGGACCGCGUCGCUCCCAACAGGGUCAGCGUAAGGAGCCCAGGAGGAUCAUCAACAUCUCUUCGUCUCUGACGGACGACGUGAAACUCAACAAGGCUGAGGAUGCCUGGAAGCCCGCUGUCAAGAAAGCUGCCAGUGGGCAAGCGGCUCCUGAGGAGGAGAGCGACAACCCAGAACAGACCAAGACCCAUGAGCUGUUUAAGAGGGUCCGUAGUAUCCUGAACAAGCUGACCCCUCAGAUGUUCCAACAGCUGAUGAAGCAGGUCAAGGAGCUGACCAUCGAUACAGAGGAGAGGCUGAAGGGAGUGAUAGAUCUGAUCUUUGAGAAGGCCAUUUCUGAACCCAACUUCUCCGUGGCCUAUGCCAACAUGUGCCGCUGCCUUAUGGGGCUCAAAGUCCCCACUACAGACAAGCCGGGAGUCACUGUGAAUUUCCGCAAGCUGCUUCUGAACCGUUGUCAGAAGGAGUUUGAGAAGGACAAGGACGAUGAUGUCAUCUUUGAGAAAAAGCAAGAAGAGCUGGACGCUGCAGCCAUGGAGGAGAAGGAUCGCCUGAAGGCGGAGUUGGAGGAGGCCAAAGACAUUGCACGGCGGCGGUCGCUAGGCAACAUAAAGUUCAUCGGUGAGCUGUUCAAGCUCAAGAUGCUGACGGAGGCCAUCAUGCACGACUGCAUCGUCAAGCUGCUGAAGAACCACGAUGAGGAGUCACUAGAGUGCCUCUGUAGACUCUUGUCAACUAUAGGCAAGGACCUGGACUUUGAAAAGGCGAAGCCUCGUAUGGACCAGUACUUCGUCCAGAUGGACAAGAUCAUAAAGGAGAAGAAGACAUCUUCCAGAAUCCGCUUCAUGCUGCAGGACGUACUGGACCUCAGGAGGAAUACGUGGGUCCCCAGGAGAGGAGAUCAGGGCCCCAAGACCAUAGACCAGAUCCACAAGGAGGCAGAGCUGGAGGAGCACAGGGAGGUUCUCAAGGUGCAGCAGCAACUCCUCAACCAGAACACCCGAGGAGGACGUGGUGGUGGAGGAGGUAGAGAUCAGGGGAACCGCGGAGGCCAACACCCCCAGUCGGGCCAGAGGAGUCAGCCCCAGGACGAGGGCUGGAACACCGUUCCCAUCUCAACCAAGAGCAGACCCAUCGACACCAGCCGACUCAGCAAGAUCACUAAGCCUGGGGCUUUGGACUUCAACAACCAGCUGCUGGCGCCCCAGCUCGGGGGUAAGGGCAUGUGGGGCAGUUGGGGCAAGGGCAGCAGUGGUGGCACCACCGGAGCCAAACCCGCCGGGGAAGCCACCCCAGAGUCAGGAGGCCGCCCAGCCACCAGCACCCUUAACAGGUUCUCAGCCCUGCAGCCACAGCAGCCCUCCUCCUCAGGUUCCUCACAGGACUCGGACAGAAGAGUUCCUCUAAGGAACAGCUCGAGCCGGGACCGUGGCAGUGACAAAUUUGAGCGUCUUGACCGUGGCAGCAACGACCGCUUUGGCCGGCGGGACGACAGGAACCCGCUCACCAAGCGGAGCUUUAGUAGGGAGACUGAGGAGCACAGCAGAGAGAAGGAGCACCGCGGCCCUUCUGAUCCCAUACGCCGCGUUGCCAGCAUGACCGACGACCGGGGCACCAGAGACCGAGCUAGGAGCAAAGAGAAUGUGAAGAGGGAAGCUGCUGCAACACCUCCUGCCCAGACCAAACCUUCCUUGAGGGAAGACGAGCUGGAGAAGAAGGCCACAGCUAUCAUAGAGGAGUACCUACACAUCAACGACAUGAAGGAGGCGCUGCAGUGUGUAGUGGAGAUGAACAGCACCCGGCUGCUCUUUGUGUUUGUACGGAGCGGUCUGGAGUCUACUCUGGAGCGCAGCCCCAUCGCCAGAGAACGCACCGGCCUGCUACUGCACCAGCUGUACAAGGCAGGCACCCUGCCCACAGAGCAGUACUACAGAGGGCUUCAGGAGAUACUGGAGGUGGCGGAGGACAUGGCCAUAGACAUCCCCCACAUCUGGCUCUACCUGGCUGAGCUCAUCACACCUAUGCUCCAUGAAGGAGGCAUCCCCAUGGGACCGCUCUUCAAGGAGAUAUCCAAGCCCCUGGUUCCUCAGGGGACGGCUGGAGUUCUGCUGGCCCAGAUCCUCACCCUACUCUGCAGAGGAAUGAGCCAUAAAAAGGCAGGUGCCAUGUGGAGGGAGGCGGGGCUUAGCUGGAAAGACUUUCUGCCUGAGGACGAGGACGUCAACAAGUUUGUGACAGAAAAAAAUGUGGAGUUCACCCUGGGAGGAGGAGGAGGAGAUGAUGAGAAGAGCAGUAAGAAAAAGCUGAGCUCAGAGGAGCUGAACAAACAGCUGGAUAGACUCAUACAGGACAAGGCUGACAACCAGAGGCUCUGCGAUUGGGUCGAGGCUAACCUGGACGAGACACAGAUAUCCUCCAACGUGUUUGUCAGAGCAGUCAUGACAGCCAUCUGCCAGUCGGCCAUCCUGUGUGAGAACCCUUACAAGUUGGAUGCGAAGGUGAUCACCCGGAGGGCCAAGCUGCUCCACAAGUACCUGAAGGAUGAGCAGAAGGAGCUGCAGGCUCUCUACGCCUUGCAGGCCCUCAUGGUGGAGAUGGAGCAGCCUGCCAACCUGCUGCGGAUGUUCUUUGACACGCUGUACGAUGAAGAUGUGAUCAAAGAGGAGGCCUUCUACAAGUGGGAGUCCAGCAAGGACCCCGCUGAGAUGCAGGGCAAGGGUGUGGCCCUGAAGUCAGUCACUGCCUUCUUUACCUGGCUCCGUGAGGCCGAGGACGAGGAGUCUGACAACAGCUAGGACCUGUUCACCGGUGCCCCCUGGACUCUGGGAGGACUUGGAGAAAAGACAACAUGCUGUCGAUAAUUAUUCAGGAGCAUGGAGCUGUUAGAAUCAAUAAAAUCCUUCUGCAUUAAAAAAUUAAGUAAAAGCGAGGGAAAUAAUCAGCUGGGAGAUUCUACUACAUAUCGAAACAUGCAACCCUUUUAUUUUCUUUCUUUUGCGCUGCCGAAUGUCUUUGAACUAAAUUGAGAAACUAAUUGCGAGAGAAUAAUAAGCUUUACAACAAGCGGUAGGGAUGGCUGUUUACUUCAGGGUUUUGAGGUUUUAGCCCUUGUUUUAAAGGCGUCACGUUGCCGUAGCAACACUUCAUGAUGUUUAGCAAAACAAUAAAACAAAAUCCCCAACAGAUGACGAACUAAUAAAGGCUGUUCAUAUAUAUAUUUGAUUACGUCAUAUAUUGUGUUGAAUGAGGCAUGAUGGCCAUGUCAUAUGUAUGAUUCUAUAUGACUGUCAGCGAAUUAGCUCUUUUUGAUUGGAGUGUUUCUUUUAUAUAAAUAUAAAGAUAUAUAUAAAGAAAAGUGGACAUUCUGGAGCUCACGGUCUUUGGACGUUCCAGUCAGUCUUUGUGAGACUCCUUUGAAUGUCAUGUCUAUGGACUCUGGAAGGCCUGGGAUUGGUGAUGAGGGACUUGGGGGUGGGGGGGGUUGGACAAGGACAUUUUGCUGCUGGGGGUCACAAUGCUUCCUUAUGGCCAUGCCGGCCAACCCCCAUUUGUCCUCUUCUCCUAGACUGGGGGUUUGGAAAGGGAGAACGGCCUUGCAAGGAUAGGGAUUUUUAUAAAGAGAAAAUCAUAAUUUAAAACUUGAAAGGUGUGUAUAUAUAGAAAUCAACUUUAAAAAAUAAUUUCAAGAAGAUAAAGAAUGUUCACAGUACGUAUCCUAAGGCCUAGUGGAAAUGCAUUUCAGGAGUUUUGGUUUUUAUUUUUCAAAAAAGGAAGUGCUAUUGUCAAGCCAUGUAUUUUUUUUUCAGAAACUGGCAGUUCUAUGUAUUUAUAUUUUUCUCUGUUAGCAGAAGGUGCUUGUAAUUAUCCACCUGAAGUCAUUGAUUGCAACUUAAUUGAAUAUUUUGUAAAUACACUUUUGAUUUACUUUAUGAAGUAUUUAAUUAAGAAAAUGAAUGCAUCCUUUUCAUAUCCGAAACUGGAAAAGAUAAUAAAGACCAUUGCAAAUAAGAA